AUGUCCUCCCUGGAGUUGAUGAGGGAUGUGGCAUUCACCUUCAUGGAGCUGGAAAGCGGCUGGGACUCCCUUGCCACCGUCUCUAUAGAGAUGGCGAUUUCCACCGCUUUCUGUACUUCCUACUACCUGCUGCAGAGCUUCCUAGGAGAGGGCUGCUUUGGACAAGUGGCCCAGUGUCUCAAACUACCCACAAAAGAGACCGUGGCUGUUAAGAUCCUAAAAACUAAGAGCAAGUAUGCUGUGGAGGCUGAGAAGGAGCUGGCCAUGCUGAAAGUAGUCAGCAGUCUUGAUCCAGACACUCAUAACAUCGUCCGCUUCCAUGAAGGCUUUUUCUAUCGCGGACUCACGUGUCUGGUGUUUGAACAGCUACACAUGAGUCUCCUCGACUACAUGAGACAGACGCACUUUAGACCUCUGUCUCUGAAUGAGAUUCGUCCCAUCACAGUACAGCUGGCCACCGCCUUCAAAGCUCUGAAGAGCAUCGGGCUGAUUCACACAGACCUGAAACUAGACAACAUCAUGCUGGUGGACCAAGUCAAUCAGCCGUUCAGGGUGAAGCUGAUUGAUUUUGGUCUGGCUGUUCGCUCCUCUGAGGUUCAGCGUGGCAGCAUCCUUCAGCCUAUUGGUUACAGGGCACCAGAAGUUGUCUUGGGCCUCCCCAUCUCAGAGGCAAUAGACAUGUGGUCCCUUGGCUGUGUAAUGGCAGCGAUGUUCUUGGGAAGAAACCUCUACCCUUCUUGGAAAGAAUUUGACAUGCUGCCAUGGGAGUACUUCCGGGACACAGGGAAAUCGCCCAGGUGCCCCAGCAGGUUUAGGUUGGGCUCCCUUGAUGUCCUGUUGGAGUGCAGACCUGAGGGGGCAGACGAGCACGAGGAGGAAGACAUCCGGGCAUUUGUUGAUCUGCUCAAGAGAAUGCUCAACCUGGAUGCUGCCAAGAGAAUCACCCCCAGCCAAGCUCUGAGACAUCGCUUCCUCAGCAUGACCCACCUCGCUAUGGGCUACCACCACAGCUCCUAG